AUGUCACGGAAAGCAGGCACUCCUGCCAAGCGUACUAACACAAAGAAUAUCGAGUUUCAACUGGCAAAUGCCGGUCUCACAUGCAUUCAAGCGAGAUCGAGUACCGGACGCAAGACGCAAGGCACGUUACACAGCUUCCGCAGUUGGGUGUGGAGGAAAUUGACUUACUUGCAUGAUUCGUGCAAGCAUACUCAUGUUCAGCGAGCGUCAGCGUACGGAACUAUUGCAGUCACGUAUGGCAGUCAUGAGACGAGCUCCAGUCAUCGCCAUCAGGAGGAAGCGUAUGGAUGA